AUUUGUCAUCCAUUGAAGACUGGAGAAGAAAGAGAAACAUACCGGCAACCGAAAACAACGUUUUUUAGCUGAUUUUCGGUGAAGAUGGAUCACGAAUAAGCCCCAACUUUGAAUGCAAGUCAGAUGAAAAGUUGUUAAACUUGGCCUAUGGUGGUCAAGUCAUUGAGAUAGGUUUUUAAAGUGGCAUCUAUUCAAAUUCUAGGACAAAAGUGUUAAUAUGGCUCAAGGUCGACCUAUUAAAUGUGUAGUAGUAGGAGAUGGUACUGUAGGUAAAACUUGUAUGUUAAUAUCCUAUACUACAGAUAGUUUCCCUGGGGAAUAUGUACCUACAGUAUUUGAUAACUACACAGCCAACAUGAUGGUAGAUGGCGUACCAGUUAGUUUAGGAUUAUGGGAUACGGCAGGUCAGGAAGAUUAUGAUAGAUUACGCCCCCUGUCUUAUCCACAGACAGAUGUAUUUUUAAUAUGUUUUAGUGUUGUGAGCCCCUCUUCUUAUGAAAAUGUUUUGACAAAAUGGAAUCCAGAAGUGAAACAUCAUUGUCCAGAUGCCCCUGUUAUAGUUGUAGGUACGAAAAUAGAUUUACGGGAAAAUAAAGAAGCUAUAGGUCAAUUAGCAGCGCAAGGUUUAAACCCUAUUAAAAGGGAACAAGGUAUCAAGUUAUCUAAUAAAAUAAGAGCUAUUAAAUAUAUGGAAUGCUCAGCUCUUACACAAAGGGGUCUUAAACAGGUAUUUGAUGAAGGUGUACGAGCUGUUUUACAACCUCAACCAAUAAGAAGAAGUCAACACAAGUGUCAGUUACUCUGACUUGGUUUAUUACAUGAUAACCAGGACUUAUAUACUCAUU